AUGUCCUACUCUGGUGGCGGUGGUGGCACACUCACCGUGCCGAGCCCGACCCACGUUCAUCACGUUGACGUCCUGGCCACCUCUGUCAGGAGCCUGAGGCGGUCUCUGUCACGAUCACCAUCAAGAUUCAACCUCGCUCGCACCAACCCGCACCCGCACGGAUCAGACUCCCCAAACAACUCCCACUCACCCGUGGAUCGGUCUCCUUGCCGCCGAUACAGCCCUAGCAUGUCCACAAGGAGCCAAACCCCAUCACAGCAGCCGGUGACGACUACACCCUCAUCCAACUUCGUGUCUACAACUCCCCAACACCCCCCUCCUACCGCGUCUUCCAUUUUCUCACCCAAUGUCAAGCUCUCGCUGCGCUCCGCGAAAAAGCAAUCUUCGACACCUCCCCGGCCGUUCUCGAGGCUGAGAGCAUCCCCCAAGUCACCCCUCAAGCGUACCCUGAGUGUUACCAACGAGACAGACGUUCCGGGUUCCAUGCCGGGUCCUGACUCACCCGGCCAGGAGAACAGUAGCAGCAACAGCAACAACAUCUCAACCACGCCACGAAGCCCGCUUCCCAGGAGUUCCAUUCCAAGGAGACCGCUGGAAAAGUCAUCCCGCCACAGCCUUCACCUCGACGUCUCCGGCUCUGUGCACCAGAACAUCUUCAGAGCCAUGGACAAUUCUGAACUGCCGUCAGGAACGGCUGGUUCGGGCGCAUUGAAGCGCAGCGACGCCAUCAUGGAUCUUGACCAGCCGAAUGUCAGCAGUCCCGUGGCUAAACGACGCAGUUUGCACGGGAUUGCGAGCUUUGGAUAUACCGAGACGGGCGCGAAUAUUUUUGGGGGUUCGACACCCGUCCCGUCAUCAACGAGCUUCGAGAUUCAUGACGACACCACCAGCAGCAAUCGUGAAUACGAGCUUUUCGGCAGUGGCUCCGUCGCUCACCGUGAGCCGCUUCCUUCGCCCACACCGCCAGCACCAUCCAUUCCUCGGAGGACCGGAUCGUUAAGGAAAUCCACACUUCAGCAGCGACAGCAUGACCGAAGUUCGUGGGGCCGUCGUUCGGGCGCGAACCAUCUAGCUCAGAUGAGCGGAGACUUCUCGACACCCAACGGCAAAAACCGUCCUCGCCUAUCGCUCGACCAGUUUCUACCCCCUCAAAUCAAUCGCGACAGCCCAUUCUCAUCUAGCAUUCCUCUCCCUAACCCCUCUGUACACCCGGUCGAUCGCUCGUCCAACCAGCCUCACCCGCUAUCGAAGACGCUGACCACCUCAUCCAGCGGCAACAGUCUGCAAGAGGAGCCUGCCAUCAUUGUUGAGAAGGCACUCCCGGCCGUCUUUGCGAAACCAUCCGCCCCCAGCAAUUUUGCCAAGUCGCUGCCUUAUGGUGGUGGCGCCCCCCCUCGGAAGGACGAUAAUGUGACUCCUUUCAAGGACGUCAAGCCUUGGGCAGGCGCGUUCAUGUCUACGGGUCUCGUCUCCAAGGUCAAUCGAAACCCUGAGGAGGAGCCAAAGCUCACCAUGCCUGACACGCCUUGUAAGAAGCCCACACACGGCUUUGCCACCUACCCGCCGCCGCCCGGAAGCGCCAUGAAGAGGAAUGGCGGUCGGUUUUCGUUCGGCAACCCCCCUGCCUCGCCCUUCAGCUCAAGCAUUCAGUCGAGCAAUGGAUUCGGCAACUCCAGCAAGGGCCUCGGUAUCUUCCAUCGCCUAGGUCCUCGCCACGGUCGCAGGGGCAGCCUUCUCAGUCUUGAUGGCGAGGAUAAGAAGUUCACCUUUGAGAGCAACCAUGUCACUCCUCUGGGAGUUGACAUUGACGCCCCUCCGACACCAACCAAGCAGAGCACCACCCCGACUUUCGGUAACCUUUCCGCCAGACGCUUGGGUGCCGAGAGCCCAACCGCCAAUCGAUCCAUCAGCAUUCCCUUUUCUGCCGUCCGACCCGAGAUCUCUCGAGAAUCGACUGCCAGCCCCGUCGAGCAGCAUACUCCCAGGACACCGCAGGCCGCCGUCAUCAUUCCUGACGCCAGCUGUCUGUCCAUCUCCAACGCACACGAAUCAACACCAUCUCAAGGCGUGCGGCCCCCCGUCACACCUUCUGGGCGCGAAUCAUUCCAGUCCGUCGGUACUCAGCUCAUGACACCGGUUAAUGGCCGUGGCAAUGGCGACAUUGACGAUUCCCUCUACGCGCGCUUUGAUAAGGUCGAGUUGGUGGGCAAGGGCGAGUUCUCCUCGGUCUUCCGUGUCGUCAAGUGCACUUCGGCCCGCGCCUCGUUCCUUUCCAUCUUCAACGGCACCCCUAGCCGCCACUCUCCUGGUAGCCCUGAGCCUGAUCGCAUUUAUGCGGUCAAGAAGGCACGCCGCCCCAUCAUGGGCCCCAAAGAUCGCGAGAACAAGAUGAGGGAGGUUCACGCACUUCAAGCUCUGACGCACGCCGAUCACGUCAUACACUAUGUGGACAGCUGGGAGCACGAGCUCCAUCUGUUCAUCCAGACGGAAUUCUGCGACGAGGGAACUCUCGACAAGUUCCUGAGCAACGUUGGUUGCAAGGGCAGGCUGGACGAUUUUCGCAUCUGGAAGGUCAUACACGACAUCAGCCUGGGCUUGCAGAGCAUUCACGACGCUGGCUUCAUCCACUUGGACCUGAAGCCUGCUAACAUCCUCAUAACAUUUGAGGGGAUCCUUAAGAUUGGUGAUUUCGGACUGGCGACCGCAUGGCCUGCUGCGAAGGGCGUUGACGCCGAAGGCGACCGAGAAUACAUCGGACCCGAGAUUCUGCGUGGCAAAUUCGACAAGCCUGCGGAUAUCUACUCUCUAGGUCUUAUUCUCGUCGAAAUGGCUUGCAACGUUGUCCUCCCAGACAACGGUCCUGCCUGGGUCGCGCUGCGUUCUGGUGACUUUUCCGAAGUCCCGAGCCUGACCUUCAGCGCGAGUUCUGCGACGCAGAUCAGAGAUGUGGCUGGCGUUCCGACCGGUCUGUCGCAUGACGACCUGUCGCUGAACCAAAGCAUUGUCUCGGACAUUGCCGUCAACUUCAACAACUCCUUCAGCAAACCGCCAUUCCACGCAGGCAGCAGCCCUAUCUCUUCGCCUAAGCGGUCGGAGCUGUUGUCUCCACCAGACUUCAUGUGUGACGCCUUCCACCCAGACUCACUCGACCAGGUCGUCCGAUGGAUGACGAAGCCUGAGCCGAGUGAGCGCCCCACGAUUCAGCAGCUUCUGGGGUCCGCCGGAAUGACUUGGGUCGCUGAUCGCCGACGAUCAGCUGCCACGGUUUUCGAGGGCGUCUGGGGACCUGGCGACAUCGCCACUAUCAGCUCUGAUGAGGAUACAGAAAUGACCGACGUGUGA